AUGAGAAAGAAAUUCAACAAAUACGACCCAUCCUUUCAUAAUUUAUUCACCAAGACCUGCAGAUACAGCGACAAAGUGGCUCCCACUAUAAUUAAAGUUGUUCAGCAACACAGGAGGCUCCUCAGAUUUGCCUUUGGGGGAAAGGCGUACCAAUAUCGGGUUCUCCCAUUUGGUCUGGCUUUGGCUCAAUGGAUAUUCACAGAGUGUAUGGAUGCUGCUCUGGCACCGCUGAGGCUCCAGGGCAUCCGUGUGCUCAACUACCUGGACGAUUGGCUCAUCCUGGCCCAGUCAAGGGAGUUUGUGUGUCGAGACAGGGACAUUCUUCUUCACUACAUUCGGUCUCUUGGCCUCAGGCUGAACGCCCAGAAGAGUGUUCUCACUCCUUCUCAGCAGACCGUUUUCUUGGGGUCCAGCUCGAUUCUGUCUCGAUGCAGUCCUGUUUGGCUCCUGCUCAAGUCUACGUUGGCUGCUUCAAAUGAGACCAUUUCUGUGGUUGAUAAAACUCAAAGGAGUUUACCCCUCAUGGCCGGCCCUCCACCUACUGAGAGUACUGUAUGUGUUUCUGCCAGUCAAGUUGAUUCGGACGGUCUUGUGCAGAGUGAAAGAGUGCGGGGUUCACCUCCUGUUGAUAGUCCUGUUUUGGCCAUCCCAGACUUGGUUUUCGGAGCUGGUCUCCCUUGUGGAGUGCGCCCCAUGGGAGAUUCCAGUCAGGAAAGACCUGCUGUCCCAUCUCCAGGGCAGGAUCUGGCACCCUUGGCCCGAGAUUUGCAGGCUGUGGGUGUGGCCGAUCAAGGGAGGCUUUAUUUUUCCAAGUGGAAGGUUUUUGAGUGUUGGUGUUCGGCUCAUGUAGUAGAUCCAGUCAACUGCCCAAUUUGUUCAAUACUGGAAUUUUUGCAGGAGAAGUUUGCGGCUGGAGCAACUGCCACGACUUUGAGGGUUUAUGUCGCAGCUGUCGCUGCUCGUCAGGAUUCGGACAAAGUCCCCUUAGUGUUCCUUCCUGGGACUUGUCUAUUGUCCUGGAGGUUAUCAGAGUCGCCUUUUGAGCCUUUGGAGUCUGCUCCCAACCGGAUUCUGACCCUUAAGGUGAUGCUUCUAUUGGCACUGGCUUCUAUCAAGCGCGUAGGGGAUUUGCAGGCUCUCUCUGUGAGUGAAUCAUGCAUGGAGUUUGCUCCAGGCCUUGUUAAGCAUGACACAAAACCAGCAGAGCUUAAAGCAAAGAGGCUUUCUCAGAGUCCUGACCGCGGGCCAAACAUCCAAGCACUGAGAGAUCUGAUGUCAGGUCUGGCUGCGCUGGAUGCAAAGUGUUCCAGUCGGCUGGGUCUCAUCACCGUCUCUUACUACCUGUGGACCACAUUCCUGGCUGUGGUGGUGGGAAUCGUCAUGGUGUUAAUCAUCCAUCCGGGCGGAAUGGCACAGAAGGAAGACUCUGAGGACAGCGGGAAACCCAUCAUGAGCUCCGCCGAUGCUCUCCUUGAUCUCAUACGAAACAUGUUUCCAGCCAACCUUGUUCAAGCCACUUUUCAACAGUAUCGUACCAACAGUAUGCCCAUAAUGAAGACCCCCAAGACGACAGUGGCCACCAGUCUAACAGAAACCACCACUCGCCGCGCUCUAAUCUACGGGAUUCAGGAUGAUAACGGGACGGACAUCCAGAACUUCCAGCUGGAUCUGACGCCGCCUCCUGACGUGGUGAUGCGGACGCUUCCUGGCACCAGCGAGGGCAUGAACGUCCUGGGGAUCGUCAUUUUCUCUGCCACCAUGGGCAUAAUGUUGGGCAGGAUGGGUCCAAACGGCAGUGCUCUGGUGAACUUCUGUCAAAGUCUCAAUGAAGCAGUGCUGAAAAUCGUCGCUAUAGUCAUCUGGUACUUCCCGUUCGGCAUCGUGUUUCUGGUAGCCGGUAAGAUCCUGGAGAUGAGCGACCCGUCCGCGAUGGGGAAGAAGCUGGGCUUUUAUGCCAUCACUGUAGUGAUGGGCCUCAUUCUGCACGGCCUCUUCAUCCUGCCCAGCAUGUACUUCUUCAUCACCAAGAAGAGCCCGAUCGUCUACAUCCGAGGAAUCCUGCAGGCCCUGCUCAUCUCACUGGCCACGUCCUCCAGUUCUGCCACUCUGCCUAUCACCUUCAAGUGCCUGCUGGAGAACAAUCACAUAGACCAGCGGAUCAUCCGCUUCGUGCUGCCCGUCGGAGCCACUAUCAACAUGGACGGCACUGCGCUGUAUGAGGCUGUGGCAGCCAUUUUUAUCGCACAGGUCAACAACUACGAGCUUGACUUCGGCCAAAUCAUCACUAUCAGUAUUACAGCAACAGCAGCGAGCAUCGGUGCAGCCGGGAUCCCACAGGCCGGCCUAGUCACCAUGGUAAUAGUGUUGACAUCCGUCGGACUGCCCACUGAUGACAUCACUCUCAUCAUCGCUGUUGAUUGGGCCCUAGACCGAUUCCGCACCAUGGUCAAUGUGAUGGGAGAUGCUCUGGCCACAGGAAUCAUGGCCCAUAUCUGCAGAAAGGACUUCAUUAAAGAGGGAGAUGGGGUCCCUCUCAUCUGCGAAACAAAGCCCAUGACUAACCAGGGUUUGCCGAACUGUCAGCAGAACAACGGUAGUUUCCAGCCUCCACCACCAGGGGGCAAACCUGAGCACAUUUCUCCAGACGUGGCCCGUCUCAUGCAGCUGGAAGAAGGGGUCCGUCCGCCGCCUCCCAAUCGGAAAAUGCCACCCAUACCUCCGCGGCACCUGAAACACAGAGACAAGGACCAUUGUGCCAUCGACAUGAACGGUCUGGAGACUAACGUAUAGCGUCCAUCGAAAUCGCAGAUUGAGAUCGAUCGAACAAAACGAAUCCACUUACAUGGGAACGGAUGACGGGACGUGUAUUAUUUCCUUUCCGUUUUUCUCUGACAGGCGACACAUGGUCUGACCCUGCACAUAUGGGCCACUGCCCCAGUAAUGCCACUGUUGGCAGCACAUCCCGGUUGACCCAUUCAGUGCGUUAGAUAAUGCCGGGAUGGGAUGAGAAACCAGGUCAGGGUCCACAACACCAAGCCAGCCUGUUUCUAUGGGUCAUAGCGCGAUGCAUUCAAGGCCUUGAGAGCAAAAUUUUUCCUGUAGCGUAAUGCAAGACUGUCAAAAAGCAUGAGUGUAAAUACAACAUAGCUAUGUACUCUAAUGUGUUUUUUAUUUCUCAAGUUUAUAUAUAAUUUUAUAUUUUCUGUCUUGUCUUUUUAAGCAGGCCGUGUAAAAAUAUUGUAAAGCUCGCAGGUGUGUGUGAAGAUCAGUGUUGACUGUGAUAUUGAAUAUUUUAUGUUAUUGGAUAUUCUCCUCUUCCCGUUCAGCGAGGCCCGUUCUCAUGCCACAUCUGUAAAUCAAAUGUUCAGCAAAUUAUUGCUAUGACUAUAUUGAAAAGCACUGAGUAAACCACUCAAGGUAAGAGUUGCUAGCCUGGGAAACUAAAUAAAGGGCGAUCCCAGUCAUAUAUGGACUGUGAAACUAGUUUAUUCAAAACUAAAUUUGAGUAUG